ACUCAACUCAACGUGAUACUGACAUCAUUGGCCACUGAGCAAUUUGUAUCUUACUUUUUGGUUUGAUUUGAUCAAUAUUUUGCAGACGUGGGCGACGGCCCUAUUGACCUGUCAAUGUCAGGAUCAGGGAAAGCAUGGCUAUCAUACCAAGGGUCUUCGCCAGGUUAUGCCCAGGGGAUGAGCGACCAUCUUACCCUCCAUGAGCGUCCUGGCUGGAGCACUAACGUGGUCACCGACGGAGGAGGGAUCAAUAGCAAUGCCCAUUUGGAUAUAUUUGCACCACCGUCACAAGCGAACAAGUACCCGGCCAUUCCAGACAACUAUAAACGCUACAACAGCGGUAUCAAUCAAGUACGUCGUUCAGAUUUGAUGCAAAAGUCUGUCCCAAAUUACUACACUCAGAGAUUCUCUAUUGACAAUAGAACGCAUCAAUCAGGCGAUACUGUAACACAAGGUUAUUCAUCAGACGAAUCAAUGAAGUCUUUUCUAUUGCCUGAGAGGGCAAAUAAUAGUUUACCCUCUUUGGAAGAUAUCAUUCGGGUAGUUCAAGAUGAAACCGGGAGACAACCGGGCCGAUCAUAUUGUAUGUCACUGCUGAAGUCAUAUUAUCUUGACGCUGUAGCGAAACGUGACUUUGUAAGGGAUCUACUCCGCGAACUUCAUACCUCAUGCUUUCAAGAACAAGACUUUAGACAUUCAACCUUCCGCUCCAGUCGAGAUAACCGAUUCCAAGGACACAUUAAUGCAGACCGAUCUAGAGAAAGCAUAAUGGAUGAUUUCCCAGCGCCAUAUGCACCAAUGGAAACAGAGCCAAAUUGUACUUUCGACGCUAUGCUAGAAGAUUCGCAUGUUACCUUCCUUGAGGAAACCUGUUCAAAAGCAUAUGGCCCAGAGCGUCGGAUUAAUUCAAAUUACAAUUCAGCAACUUCUUACGGAAAUGGAGAUGCCAUUCGAAAUACUCUCUACUCCCAACCUGUAUCUAGUAUACGUCAAUAUUUACCAAACGUUUGCCAGUCUUCGAGGAAAGUUUCGGGUCAGCCGUCUCAGGGGAAUAAUGGGACGAUUCCACAACCAAUGUCAAUAGAACCAAGGUCUUCCAGAGGGACACAUUCGGAACAGCAGCAACAUGUAUCCACAACGUCAGAUAGACAAGUGUCCACAUCCCUGUCUAGGGAGACGGCAAAUGCAACUUCGUUUCGAAAGCAGAACAGUCCAGUUCACGAAAACUUUCGGCUCUCACAAAAGACCGCCGUAAGCUCAUCCAUGAAUUUCAUCCCACCAAACAAAGGCGGAGUACCUUUUAUAUCAAAGCCGUCAGGUGACCCUCAACGGUCCAUUCCACAUUUUAAGACAACACAACCGAUGCUAGAAUACACAGUUUUAGAGACGAGCAUACCAGCGAAGAAGAGCGAUCUGACGUGCAAAGAAAACUUCUACUUGAAGGAUACACUGGAUGUUUCAACCUCAUUUACAUCAAUCAUCGAAAAUGAUUGUUCCACACCCCAGUCCAAUGUAAUCAAAUCAGGAACUUUAAAAGAUACGUUCUCAGUCGGCCAAGCAAAACCCGAAACAGACCAAGGACUUGGUGGCGGGAAACAUGCACCUACACCCAAACUUGUCAACGAGCAGACACCUGAUCAUCCUGAUUCCCCAUCCCUUGUCAUUUGCGACUCUCCAUCUUCUGGGAAAGCAGUUGUACAGUUUCGUCGAAGAACAUUCGAUUGCUCAAGGCAAAAACACAGAUGCAGUACCUGUAGCAGCACGUUUAAUACGGAGAGAGCAUACACAAGACAUAUGGCCACUGAACACAACCAGAAGAGGACCCAUAUCUGCAGUUUCUGUGAGAAGGGGUUCCAGGACAAGUUCGACCUGAAAAGGCACUACCGCACUCAUACAGGUGUAAGGCCUUACAAGUGCAGCAUCUGUCCACGCACCUUCACCCAACGAUGCUCUCUGGAGACACACAUUAGCAAGGUCCAUGGAAUGCCACUAACCUUCGGGUUUAAGGAGCGACGAAAGAAGAUUUACGUGUGUGAGGACUGUGGGGAUUCUGCCAAGGACGCGUAUGACCAUUACCUUCACAUGUGGAUCUCACACUCUCGCCUUGCGAUGCCCAAACGUCUUCGACAUAAAGUGAUGCACAAGAUCAGGAAGAUCAGUCAAGAUGGUAAUGUUAAAAGCGAGGAGCAACUUUUGGCAGACAAUAUGGUUGUCACCCAGGCGAUUCAUUGUCUUCGAGAUCGCGUACAAUCUCAGGGUUAGCAUGGUUAGGGUAUUUUGAUAUGAGAUUCUGUAUUUGUUACCUCAAUAUGUAUUACCUCCUCAAGAUGCCUCAAGAUUUGAUAAUAGUAUUAUUUUGACCACUAUAAAGUGUAGUCAAAAAUGUUUAAACGAUUUCUUUAAAAAAUUGUUUAAGUUGAAAAUCAGGGCUUUAUCUUUUGUAUUUAGGGCUUAUUUGAAAAUUGCGUUACUAUAGGUGGGUUAUUUACUCCAGUAGAAAAAAGUAGUCUUUGAGCACACCUGGGGGCAAGAGCUCAACGUCCGUUGUAUGGUUAGAUAUCCAGUUGGGGUUGAGUCUUAGAGUCGCCUUAGCCAUGAUGGUGGUGUCAAAAGUGAGAAGGAACUUUGGGCAGAUUAUAUGGUUGUCACCCAGGCUAUUCGCUGUCUUCGAGUUCUCGUACAGUUUCAGGGUUAUGGUAUUAUAAAUACAAGAUUAAGUAUUGGUUACCUCAAUUCUAUUACUGCCUCAAGAGAAGUCAAGAUUUUAUAAAACCUAUUUUUAGCAGUAGAAAGUCUAGUUUAACAUGUUAAAACAAUUUCUUUAAGAAAUGGUUUGUUUAAGUUGAAAAUCAGGGCAUUAUUCUUGUAUUUAGGGCAUUAUUUUUGUGUAUUCAUGCAUUUUUGGCACAUUCCGUUUUUAAUUCAUGAUUUUUUUGAACGAUUGGCUGGUUGUUGUUAAUUUGAAAAUUGCGUUACCAUAGGUUAGUUAUUUACUCCUGGUCGUCAUCCAGGCGAUUCAUUGUCUUCGAGAUCUCGUAAAGUCUCAGGGUAAGGGUUUUUAUUACGAGAUUCUGUAUAUUCUGUAUAUUAUAUUAGGUCAUUAUUUUUUGUGUAUUUGGUACAUUACUUUUAUAUUCCGUUUUAAAUUCAUGUUUUUGAAAAUGCUUGACUGAUACUGGUAAUGAUACUGCUUGACUGGUCUUUGUUUCAAAAUUGCGUUAAUAUUGGUGGUUCAUUUGAGCCACAUAUCAGUACACCUGGAGAGAAAAAAAAUGUAGAGGCAAGGACUCAACGUCCGCUGUAUGGUAAGACAUCGAGUUGGGUUUGAGUUUUACAGUAUCAUUAGAUUGUCACUCUGCAACCCCUCUGCAACGUCUUCCUCAUGGAUUUUACAUGACCAUGAUGACAGGAGGGAAGAAUGAUCAAUGGUUAGACUUCCUUUUCACAGGGCGCGCUCACGUACGUACGCUUUGCGGGGAAGCGAAUAUACAAAGAAAUGGCACGGUCCACCACUCGUCUUUCAUGCAACAAAAGUGCUCAAAACGCUCACUUCUCAUGUUCAGAAGCCAAGCCAAUGGUUGGCGGGAACGCUUGGAUAUUUCUUAUUACUCAAGGGCGAAAGCUUCUCCAAGUAACCCCCCGCAAACAAUUGACUAAGUUUCCCCAACAUUCUAACCAAGCAGAGAAUCGGGAGUUAUUAGGUUGAUCCAAGCGCUGGUUUCAAACCGCCUCGAACACAA